AUGGGAAACCCAAAAGACUUCCCCAAGGCGGAGCAGGUCGCUGCCGAAUACACAUCUACCAAAAGCAAGUUCACCAUCCAGGCAGACGGCAAAGUCUUGCUCAAGAUUACCUUCUUGUCGCCGAUCACCCCGAAGGACUUAAGGCGUCAGUCGUUGAUCUUCUCGUACAUGCAGGUGGAAAUAGCAUCUAUCGAUGGCAGGGAACACGACGUUGACCUAUACACGGAUAUUAGCGGUGCGGAAUGGAGCACCGGUAGCACUCCUGAUGGUGUCAAGUACCACAAAGUCUGGAAGCAAGACCAGUGGUUGUUCAACGAGUGGGACGACCAAGCUGAGUGGGGCAACAUCUACUAUGCCACCGACGAUUCGAUUAGCCUGAGCUAUCAAUCCGGCUCCGAUGACGAUGUUCGUGGUGCCUUCAGCAGGACUGGAAAGCUGGAAAAUUCACAAGACACUGAUUUCAGAGCUAUCAACGACCGAUGGCCUGUUUUUGCAUAUGCUGUCGAUCUGGGGACUGUUGGCACCAAGCCUACGUCGAACUUGUUCACUAUCGGUCUGUGUCAGGACGACGCGAUUCAAUUCUCUGGAGACGAUGUCCUCAAACCUGUUCCUUCGCUUUGGAAAGAUGAAUUCGGGAAUGAUACAGCCGCACUAUCGUUCUUCCACAAAGAUUACACAGAGUCGAGUAAACUCUCGUCGGAGCUAGAUGAUCAGAUUUCGAGAGACUCCAAGGCAGCUGGCGGCGACAACUACGCCAUCCUCACCACCCUCGCCACCCGUCAAGCCUUUGCUGCGGCCCAGCUUGUCGGCACCAAGGACAAACACUACCUCUUCCUCAAAGAGAUCUCAUCAAACGGUAACAUGCAGACCAUCGACGUGAUCUACCCCGCCACCCCAAUCUUCUACUACACCAACCCAGAGCUCGUAAAGCUCAUGCUCGACCCACACUUCAUAAACCAAGAAAGCGGCCACUACCCCAAUAAAUCCGCCAUGCACGAUCUCGGCACACACUACCCCAACGCCACCGGCCACGAUGAUGGGCAGGACGAAUCCAUGCCCGUCGAAGAAUGCGGCAACAACAUGAUCAUGAUGCUCGCCUACGCUCAACUCUCUGGAAACAUCGACUACAUCAAGGCCCACUACAAGAUCCUGAAACAAUGGGCCGAGUAUUUGAUUGACUUUAGUCUCUUGCCCGCCGAGCAGUUGUCUACAGAUGACUUCGCUGGCCACAUGGUCAACCAGACCAACCUCGCGCUCAAGGGCAUCGUCGGCCUCGGCGCCAUGGCGCGCAUGUCCAGCCUGGUCAAUGAAUCCUUCGAUGCACAGAAAUACGCCUCCAUUGCCAAGGACUACAUCACCCGCUGGUCGAUGCUCGCCCUCGACACUUCCACCGACCUACAUCACACCACGCUGAAUUAUGGAAACGUAAGCACCUAUAGCCUGCUGUAUAAUUUGUACAACGACCGCCUCCUCAACCUCUCGCUCGUCCCGGAAUCGGUUUACGCCGUGCAAGAUAAGUUCUACCCAAGCGUCGCGCAGACCUACGGCGUCCCGCUCGACACGCGAAACAAGCACUGGACGAAAUCCGACUGGCAGAUUUUCUGCGCCGCGGUCGCGGGGCCAAAUACGAGGAAGAUGUUUGUUGAUGCGAUUGCCAAGUGGGUCGGCGAAACGAGCAGUCGCAAUCCCAUGAGCGAUUUGUAUAAUACGCAUGAUGGGACACAGGUGGAGGGAAUUGAUUUCAAGGCUAGACCAGUUGUUGGCGGGUUGUUUGCGUUGCUGCUGGUGGAUGGGGAGGGGUAUAGGGCGCCGCAGAGGGUGUUGGAGUGAGCGUGAGUGUGUGUGUGAAGGUGGACGGAUUGAAGGGCGACAAUGAGACUAGUGUCUGGGUGAGAGUGUGAGCACGGCAUUGCUUAUGCUUCAAUACUCUCUGAUUGAAAGUAUACCUUUUGCUAUCUUG